AUGAGUGGGCAUACAUUCCUCACCGACGACAACGAGUCGUGUUUCUCGAUUCGUACGUCGCCAUGCUCUACGUCUGUCUCUUCAUACUCAGCUGAGCGCUACCCUUCGACUGUCCACGCGCAAAAUGGCUACUCACUUCCUGGAACACAACGAAUUCCAACUGGACUGCGCCAGAUAUCCCACCCUGUUCUGGAAGAUGAGGAAGCAAUGGUAGAGGGUACGGUCCAGCCAGGAUCAGUUCCAGACUCAGAUGAGACCAUCUCCUGGGGCUCGUUCCAGGAUGCCGAAGGGGGCUUUGAUUCACAGCAAGCGGACACCAUCCCCUGGGAUUGGUUUCAAGAUGAGACUUCGGCACGUGAGGUAGGUACUGGUCCCAGCCCCCUGACCGAUGCCGGACUAGACACGGAAUCGCAUGGGACCAUCCCUCGGGGUUCUUUCCAGCAUGCUGGAAUAUCUCAACAUGAGCUGGCCUCGGUUGAACUGGCUUUACGUUCAGGACAUUUGGGAUCCGAGGCGAGCAAACGCUCAGUGCUCAAUCUCUCCAUAGUCAAGAACAGUGCGAACGAGAGCGUCACUCACAACUACUGGGACCAUGAAGCGGAAUUGCUUCUCUUCCUGCGUGACGAGGCAGAAGCCUGGGAUGAAGUAGCUCGUCAUAGAGACUUCGAUGCUGGACAUCAGAGCCCCGUUGAUGGCCUUUCCACCCCGUUGCAAUCAACGGAGCCCCAACUUCCACCACACCAAGACAAUCAGCAGCGCCGUUGCAGGAUUAUCUCGCCCAUGCCAGUGCGCCCAUUCCAUUACCGAACCGCUGCACAUCUUGCGUGGUUGCAGGAUGACGGGGACGCAAACCUGCCCACCGGUGAAAUCGGUGGGUGA